AAGCAAAACAAUGGGCUCACAGCAGCAUCUUCUUUGAUACUGGGAUGCCUACGAAAUAGCCAAUAUUUUCCCGAAGAUUCAAGGUUUUAUCCAAUUCGGAAAUUGCCGCUUUUUAAUGCGUGCGGCUUCCGGUCCUGUGCCAAGAUAGAACAUGUCGACUUCAAGCAAUGCAUCCUCUAAUCUACUGAACCGUCUCAGGAAGAACCAAGAUUCUCGAGAUGAGGCACCACUGUACCGAGAAGAAUUGCCUUCAUCAACAACCUCCAUCCCCUUGCUAGAUUCAACUACGAAAACCAGCCCUUUUCAGUAUUUUAGAACACCAGAGUUUCGUCACCGAGCUCGAACAUACUCACUUGGCCUACUUGUGCGACUUCUGACAUUGAUAGUAAUUAUAGGAGUUUUAGCAGCAAUCGGCAUAGGUUUGACAUACACGGAUGGGCUCCCAGAUCCAGACGACUACUCUAACCUGCAAUUUAACUGGACAACGAAUCCAUCUAGUUAUCUUCGGCCCUUCAACACCACUUUCCAAUACAAUGUUCUGCUGGACGGGCAUUCACACUCAACAUAUAGCGACGGAAGAAUGAGCGUUAGACAGCUUCUAGAUUGGCAUAUUGCCAACGGCUAUAAUGCCGUGAUAGUAUCGGAUCACAAUACUAUCGAGGGCGGGCUUGCAGCAGAGAAAUUGGCUUUGGCCGAAUACAACUCUUCCAUAGUGGUUAUUCCCGCUAUAGAAUACUCAUGCUGUCGGCUUCAUAUGAAUUUGAUUGGAAUUAAUCAAACUGUAACCAUUGGACCACCAGUUCCAACAGAUCAAGACUUACAAGCUGUCAUUAAGCAAGUCCAUGAUUUAGGCGGGAUUGUCAUUGUCAACCAUAUACCCUGGAGUAACACCACCGAGGAUGGGUAUGAGGUUCCAAGGCUUCCCAACCAUCCAUCUUUAUCGGAUUUAAAGGCGUGGGGAGUAGAUGGAUUUGAAAUCAUCAACCAAGGUACCUUUGAUUAUCCAACCAUGCAGUUUUGCCAGGAAAACAACUUGAUUCAAAUGACUGGAACCGAUGUCCACUAUCCCAAUGUACCAGCAAACGCUUGGACGUUGAUUCAGACUGCAAACUAUACGAAAGAGUCUAUUCUCAAUGAAAUUAAGGCACGGAGAACAAGCUUUUUGUUUGAUCCCACCGGAACGAAUACUCGAUCGUACCCGAGUGAGAACUCUGCCUAUUGGAAGUUAGCUCCGCUCACUACGCUUGGUGACUACUUCAACAGUUUCUAUAGUGAUAGCAAAGGCAUGUAUAGCUUCCAAGGGACUUUUUGUCAACCCGAAGUUUUAGAAGUUCAUAACAGCAUGAUUGGAUGGUUUAUAUUUUGGCUAUUCAUCUCUGUUGUUGUUUUUGAACUUGUCAGAGCCGGUGUCAUGGCUUUGUGGUCUUUAGUGCGCCGUAAAACCUCCAUUUCAUCCCAAUAAUAUAUAAUGUAUAUUUUUCGUCUAUCAUAUCCAAAUAUUAAACGUUCACACCAGUGCUCUUCCGUGUCUUAAGUGGUGUAUCAUCUGGCAUUAAUCUGACA